AUGCUGAUGUUGUUGACUAUACAGAUAUUUCUGUUUGCCUAUGCUCUAUUGUCAGCGGUCGCUUUGUCUAGGGAGCAAUCAAACCGAAAGACCCCCAAGAGUCUGUUGAUGAACAAUGACGUUGAUAAUAUCUCCCAUGAUAGCCAGGAAAUUAUGAGUUGCAGUCCAUUCAACACUCAAAAUGAUCCACCGCUCUUUGACUCGUAUGACCAACUCGAUCAGUCCUCGCUCUUUGCCCCAACUCCCGGAUAUGCCCCGACUCCAGGAUAUGCCCCGACUCCAGGAUAUGCCUCAACGCCAGGAUAUGCCCCAACGCCAGGAGAUGGCUUUUGCCAGACGCCCUCCAUGAUGAAUUCUAUUAGCCCUGAGAAUCGCCCAGGUGAUGAUUUCUCCAGACAGCGCCAAUCGCCACAACUUGGUCAGAUUCGUCUACUUCAGCUGGGUGAGUGGGAGGAAGGGAGGUCAUACGACGAGCUUCCACCCACCUGUCUUCAUUAUUCGAUUUUGUGGAAGGUGACCCUCAAUAAUAAAACAAUCCGGAAAAAUACGGAGCAAGACUUGAGAAGAGUUGAACUAGAUGAUACAACAACCGUUGUAUCAGUGAAUCACCGUAAUCAGCCAGACCUCACUCUUUCCUGUGACCAAACUGAUGUGGAUUGGCCUGCUGUGGAGAAACAGCUUCUAUUGUGGGGCGAUCUUUUCCGCGCUGGGAAGAAACUAACACUGAAUAUGACAUUCAGCUACGUUGAGAGUAGCCACAUCCUAAGGCCCAGCCCAAGAGGGACAGACAAAAGAGGGGCUUCAUCUGCUACCCAGCUCAUGUUGCUUGAACGGCAGGCAGAUAUCAGCGCACAGGAACAGGCCACUGGGCAACCUCCUACUUGGGACUAUGUUUACAGUCUGAUGCGGUGCUCCAGUGGAGCAUGUGAGCUGGGGCCGCAUUGCUGGCGUGACCCUAUUAGCAAAAAGCACAUUAAACUAACAGUACAGAACCUGAGGGCCCUGGUGAAUUUUGCUGAACAGGGCGGUGUGUUAAAAUCCCACGAUGACGUUCCCGAGUCAAUUCGUGAACAACUAUAUAUACAGGAGCAGCAACGACUUGACAGGCAAAAGAGCGGUGCCCAGUCCACAAAUGGAUAUCCUCCUAUAAACAUCACCAACGUCCUUCCUACGCAGUCUUCCCCUCACUCUGUGCCAACCACACCGACGCCGACGCUGACGCCGAAUAUGUGUAAUGGAAAAGUGUCUACAGAUUUCAUCGAGAUCCCUGGUCUGCGAGACCUUGCCGUUGCUGAAUAUAGUGACUGGCAGCAAUCACAAGUCAAUGAUGAAAAACUGAAAGCUGAAUUUCGCAAAGCUUGUGAUACUGCACUUGAAGAUGGACUGGAUCUUGCCCAGAUUCAUGAUGAUCAGGACCCGGGAUUCUUCAUAAAGAAUGGCGUUAAAAGAGGCAUUGCUCGCCGUUUUGUCGGGGAUAUCAAUUAUUGGAUUAAGCAUUAUAAGUGUAAUAUUGAGUAG